AUGUCUCUAGUUUGCGCAAUUUCUAACGAGGUUCCGGAGCAUGCUUGUGUUUCUCCCGUGUCGAACCAAGUUUUUGAGCGGCGGCUCAUUGAGAAGUACAUAGCAGAAAAUGGGACGGACCCCAUGAAUGGACAGCCUCUGUCUGAAGAACAGCUCGUAGAUAUUAAAGUGUCCCAUCCCAUUAGACCCAAAGCACCAUCAGCAACAAGUAUUCCAGCUAUUCUUAAGUCACUACAAGAUGAAUGGGAUGCUGUUAUGCUUCAUAGUUUUACCCUACGGCAGCAGCUGCAAACAACACGCCAAGAGCUCUCUCACGCUCUCUACCAGCACGAUGCAGCUUGCAGAGUCAUUGCCCGUCUUACCAAAGAGGUCACUGCUGCUAGAGAAGCUCUUGCUACUCUCAAACCCCAGGCUGGACUUAUUGCUCCUCAAACUCUGCCUUCACAACCAGCUGCAGGAGUUGGUGGAGAGCCUAUGGAUGUUAGUGAACAAGUCGGAAUGACUCCAGAGAUUAUUCAGAAGCUCCAAGACAAGGCUACGAUCCUCACAACUGAGCGAAAAAAGAGGGGAAAGACUGUUCCAGAAGAACUGGUUAGGGCUGAGGAUCUCGGCAAAUAUCGCCAAGUGGCCACUCAUGCUGGUCUUCAUAGUGCCAGUGUACCUGGUAUUCUGGCCCUUGAUCUGUGCCCCUCUGACACCAGUAAAGUGCUCACAGGUGGAGCUGACAAGAAUGUGGUCGUGUUUGAUAAGAACGAUGAGCAGAUUGUAGCAACUUUGAAAGGCCACACCAAGAAAGUUACAUCCGUCAUCUACCAUCCAUCGCAGUCUGUGGUGUUCUCUGCCUCUCCAGACACCACAAUCCGUGUGUGGUCCGUCAACUCUGGGAACUGCGUCCAGGUGGUGCGGGCUCAUGAGGCUGGUGUCACUGGGCUCUCACUGCAUGCUACUGGGGACUACCUGCUCAGUUCCUCUGAGGAUCAGUUUUGGGCCUUCUCUGAUGUCCAGACUGGUAGAGUUCUCACCAAAGUCACAGAUGAAAGUGCUGGAUGUGCUCUCACUUGUGCCCAGUUUCAUCCUGAUGGUCUGAUUUUUGGAACCGGAACAGCCGAUUCUCAAAUCAAGAUUUGGGAUCUGAAGGAGCGCACCAAUGUGGCCAACUUCCCCGGUCACUCUGGACCUGUUACAUCUAUUGCUUUCUCUGAAAAUGGAUAUUACCUGGCCACUGGAGCUCAGGAUAGCUCUUUGAAACUGUGGGAUCUGAGGAAACUGAAGAAUUUCAAGACUAUUACUUUGGACAAUAACUAUGAGGUUAAGUCCCUUGUUUUCGACCAGAGUGGAACAUAUCUGGCUGUUGGAGGAUCUGACAUUCGUGUGUACAUUUGCAAACAGUGGUCUGAGGUUCUCAAUUUUACAGAGCACUCUGGGCUGGUGACUGGUGUUGCUUUCGGAGAGAAUGCUCGUUUUCUCACUUCUACCGGGAUGGACAGAAGUCUCAAGUUUUACAGCGUUGGACCCGGAACUCGUAACACAACACAACACGCUAUGGGCUCCAUGUUCCGCAGCGAGGAGGUCUGCCUGGUGCAGCUGUUCCUUCAGUCCGGUUCUGCCUAUAACUGUGUCAGUGAGCUUGGUGAGCUGGACCUCGUCGAGUUCAGAGAUUUGAAUCCCAACGUAAACGCCUUUCAGAGGAAAUUCAUCGGCGAGAUCCGACGAUGCGAGGAGCUGGAGAAGACUUUUACUUUCCUCGAGCAAGAAAUCCAUCGUUCGCGACUGUCUCGCUUAAGUGGGCCUCUUCCUCCCCCGUGCCCAAUGCCUCCGGCGCCGCAACCACGUGAGCUUAUCACAAUUGAGGAGGAGGGCGAGAGACUGGCCCGAGAGCUGCGAGAGGUGUCCAGAAACCGGGACAGUCUUCAGGCUCAACUAACUCAGCUCUGUCAAUACAAAGGAGUCCUGACCAAAACCCAUUCCAUCACAGCCUCUCAGGCUCCACCACCAGCACAGAUAGUAGAAAACCAAGGGCUUUUUGAUAAUCGCCAAGACGUCCGCUUAAGUUUCGUAGCCGGAGUGGUCCACCCCUGGAAAGUGCCUUCGUUUGAGCGGCUGCUGUGGCGCGCCUGCAGAGGAUUCAUUAUUGUGGACUUCAAGGAAAUGGACGAUCGGCUGGAGCAUCCAGACACGAAGGAAAGUGUUCAAUGGACUGUGUUUCUGAUUUCAUACUGGGGAGAUCAGAUAGGCCAAAAGGUCAAGAAAAUAUGUGAUUGCUUCCGCACACAGAUAUUUGCGUAUCCCGAGAGCUCGGUGGAAAGGGAAGAAAUCCUCCAGGGACUCGGAGGCCGGAUUCAAGACAUACAGUCCGUUUUAGGUCAGACGGAGAACUUCAUGCAGCAGCUGACCACGCGGGCGGUCGCGCUGCUGCCCCAGUGGAAGGUGAAGGUGCAGAAGUGUAAGGCGGUGCAGGCCGUGCUGAACCUCUGCAGUCCCUCGGUCACAGACAAAUGCCUGAUCGCAGAGGCCUGGUGUCCGGUCGCCAAACUCCCGGAGCUGCAGUCCGCCCUGAGAGAAGGAGGGAGGAAAAGUGGGAGUAGCGUUGACUCGUUCUACAAUCGCUUGCCCUCCACCACCUCACCCCCGACGCUGUUUCCCAUGAACUCCUUCACCAGCGGCUUCCAGAACAUCGUGGACGCCUACGGAGUGGCGAGUUACCGUGAAGUUAACCCAGCCGUCUAUACCAUCAUCACCUUUCCCUUCUUGUUUGCGGUGAUGUUUGGUGACGUGGGGCACGGCUUGCUCAUGACGCUGGCUGCUUUGUGGAUGGUGCUCGAACAAAAUGACCCCAAACUAAAGAACAACAACAACGAAAUUUGGAGAAUGAUGUUCGGAGGGAGGUACCUGAUUCUGCUCAUGGGACUGUUUUCCAUUUACACUGGUGCCAUUUACAACGAGUGCUUCAGCAAAGGUCUCAGCCCGUUCAGCUCCGCGUGGCACGUCACCCCGAUGUUUGACAACAAUAUAUGGAAUUCCUCAGUUAUUGCAGGAAACCAAUAUCUAUCGAUGGAUCCCAACGUGACUGGGGUUUUCACAAGUCCUUAUCCCUUUGGCAUUGACCCGAUUUGGGGUUUAUCCAACAACAAGUUAACUUUCCUCAACUCCUACAAGAUGAAGAUGUCGGUCAUCAUCGGCAUCAUUCACAUGACGUUUGGAGUCUGCUUGUCAUUCUUCAACUACAUACACUUUCGUCAGAUCAGCAACGUGUUCCUCGUUCUGAUUCCGGAGCUGUUCUUCAUGCUGUGUCUCUUUGGAUACCUGCUUUUCAUGAUCGUCUUCAAGUGGAUCGUCUACACUCCGGAUCAGUCCAGAUACGCCCCCAGCAUUCUCAUUCACUUUAUCGACAUGUUCCUUUUCACCGACAAUGACGAUAAUCCUCAGCUCUACACAGGACAGUCGAUCGUGCAGAAGGUGUUGGUGGUGUUGGCGCUGUGCUCUGUCCCGGUUCUUCUCCUCGGAAAACCCACGUAUGAAUAUUUGACGCACAGAAGCAGGCCCCAUCGCACUGUGGUGGAGGACAGGCAACCACUUGUGGAUGAAGACGGUUCAAUCAACACAAGAACAGGGGAUGUUGAGGGAGCAGCCACAGAACCAGAAGGCUUUGAUGCAGCAGAUGUGUACAUGCACCAAGCCAUUCACACCAUAGAGUACUGCUUGGGCUGCAUCUCCAACACCGCGUCCUACCUGCGACUCUGGGCUCUCAGUCUGGCUCAUGCACAACUGUCGGAGGUUCUAUGGGAAAUGGUGAUGCGGUUAGCCCUGAAGUGGGAAGGCUACGUCGGGGCAGCUGUACUAGUUGUUAUUUUUGCCUGCUUCGCCGUGCUCACAGUCUCAAUCCUGUUGAUUAUGGAGGGACUGUCUGCGUUUCUCCAUGCCCUGCGUCUACACUGGGUUGAAUUUCAAAACAAGUUCUACAGUGGGCUACUCCAAGUCGCACCCAAACACGACCGGAUGUUGUUAGAAUGUCAUAAUGGCGUUUCGCAUCUUGGAUCUAAUAUAACUUCUGCAUGCUCUAAACACAGGACGCGGAUGUAG